AUGGAGCCCAAGAUGGACGCCGGGCUGCUAGCAUUAGCAUGUUCUGGCUCUUUCCACGAUCUGGAAUCAUUCCUCGACGGAAAACCAGCCGCCUACACCAUCGGAAGCUCGGCCACCCGGCCACCUUCUCUGUACGCGGUUACAGUUGAAGGUGACACUCUACUCCAUGUGGUCGUUGCUAGCCAUGGCGAGUCUGAGGACUUACUGAACAAAGCCAAUCUCGUCUACGGCAAGGCACCCAGCCUCCUCUUUGUGCAAAACAAUGGGGGAGACACACCCCUGCACUUUGGUGCACGGGGGGGCAACUUGCCAAUGGUGUCUCUUCUCAUUGAUCUUGCCAAUAGUCAGGGCAUUAACAAUGGUAAAGGGCUGCUGGAGACACAAAACAAGCUCAAAGAGACAGCCUUGCAUGAGGCCGUCCGCAUUGAGAACAAUGAUAUGGUCAACUUGCUCAUGACCCAUGCUCCAGAGUUGGCCACCAUUCCUGCUGAAGGUACUUCACCAUUGUAUCUUGCCAUCUUAAUGGAAAAUAAAAUCGUCGCCAAAACACUCUACGAGUUGAGCAGUGGGGUUCUUUCAUACUCUGGACCGAAUGGACAAAAUGCGUUGCACGUUGCUGUUCAGAGGAGCCAAGCUGACAGAAAGAAAACAGCGAUUGUCGACUAUGCUUGUCGAAACAUAUCGCUGUCAUGGAUUUUGAAUAUACAAGACAAAGAUGGGAAUACUGCAUUCCACAUAGCUAUAAGAAAAAGAAGAACACAGAAUGAUAUCAACGUACUGCAAUGCUCGGAUGUCUUCGCCAAGCUUGUUGAAGGUCAUGCUCCUCCGGUGAACUUUGAGGUCAAUGGGCGACAAUACAACAAGGGAUACUACCUAACAGAUGACAUCUAUCCGAGAUGGUCCAUAUUUGUGAAGAUUAUCUCAAACCCUGUGACAGGAGGCAAGCACUCCUAG